AUGGUUUCGAUAAGAAAAAAGAGUAAAAGAAGGACUACUCGCCUCCGCGCGCGAAUUGAGAAGAGAGCUGCUAGUUCUCGUAGAAAAGAAAGAAAACUUGAGAAGAGAAAUCCUCAAUGGAAAAGCAGAGUCCCAAAGGACCCUGGUAUACCCAAUUCUUUCCCUUAUAAAGACCGUAUUUUGGCUGAUUUGGAGGCACAAAAGCGACAAAGGGAAGAAGAAAAGAUUGCUAGUAGAGAAGCUGCCAAGUCAGAGGGAAAUAUGGAUUCAGAGGAAGAUAGUGAGAUGGAAGACGAAGCAGAUGAGGAAGAACGAGCUGAUGGCGUUGACCCUAUGAUUGCAAAGAUCGCUGAAGCAGCACAAACUAAAGAUGCUGAGGAACAAGAAGCCGAGGAAGAGGAUGAUGCCGUUAUGGAUGAAGAUGAUGAUAACGAUGCUCCCUCUUUGGUUGAUGAUGGUUCUUUGAACACUUCUGAACGAAUCGUUAAGCCUGAUAACUCUAGAAAAGCAUUCGAUAAAGAGUUCAAAAAAGCAGUUGAGCUCUCGGACAUUGUUCUUUAUGUCUUGGAUGCUCGUGAUCCCGAAGGAACUCGUUCUAAAGAAGUGGAGCAACAAGUUAUGGCUUCUGCUGCUGAGGAAAAGCGUCUCGUCUAUGUCGUCAACAAGAUUGAUCUCGUUCCCCCUGAAGUGCUGGACCGUUGGCUCGUUUACUUGCGUGCCCGCUUCCCUACUCUCCCUUUGCGCUCUUCUUCUGGAUCUUCUGGCUUUAAACACAAGACAUAUUCUGCCAAUGGUACUAUUUCCGCCUUGUUAAAGUCUCUCAAGUCUUAUUCUUCCAAGAAAAAGCUUAAGAGCUCUUUGACUGUUAGUAUCAUUGGCUACCCCAAUGUGGGUAAAUCGUCAGUUAUCAACGCUCUUGUUAACCGAUCUGCUGCUUCUCGUUCAACCCCCUGUCCUGCUGGUAGCGCUGCUGGUAUGACUAGAGCUUUGCGGGAAGUUAAAUUGGAUAGCAAGUUGCGUUUAAUAGAUAGUCCCGGUAUUGUUUUCCCAACGGCUAGUAAGGAAGAUGAGCAUUAUCGCUUAGUAUUGUUAAAUGCUAUUCCUUCCACCAAAGUUGAUGACCCGGCUCCUGCUGCAGCCUACAUACUUAACUAUCUCAACCGCAUUCCUGGUCUACUCGAGCGAAUGCUUAGCCAGUACGAGCUCCCUCCUCUAUUGAACACCUCGGAAUUGGACACUGCUACCGACUUUUUGGUGAACAUAGCUCGUAAACGUGGACGCUUAUCUCGCGGCGGUAUUCCUAACUUGAAUGCUGCAGCCAGUAUUAUCAUUAAUGAUUGGCAUGCGGGACACAUUCAAUGGUGGGCUGAACCCGAAACUACCACCAAAGAGGCUUCUGCGUCAGAUGACAAGCGAGUUGUUUCCCAAUGGGCUAAGGAGUUUGAUAUUAAUGAUUUUUAA